CCGGGCUGUGGGGGGGCGGCUGCACUAUCUCCGGGAUCCCCAGGCCUGGAGGGGGGUCUGCGCGCGGUCAGCUGGCUCUGCCCCCCCGUCCGGUCCCGAGCGGGCCUCCCUCGGACCAGCCCGAUGUGACCAGGUCCAGAGAAGCCUGAGCAGGAGCGGGUCCGUCCCGGAGCCGGAGGAACAUGACAUCGCGGAGAUGGUUUCACCCAAAUAUCACUGGCGUGGAGGCAGAAAACCUACUGUUGACAAGAGGAGUUGAUGGCAGUUUUUUGGCAAGGCCCAGUAAAAGUAACCCUGGAGACUUCACGCUUUCCGUAAGAAGAAAUGGAGCCGUCACACACAUCAAGAUUCAGAACACUGGUGAUUACUAUGACCUGUAUGGAGGGGAGAAGUUUGCCACUUUGGCUGAGUUGGUCCAGUAUUAUAUGGAACAUCACGGGCAGUUAAAAGAGAAAAAUGGAGAUGUUAUUGAGCUCAAAUAUCCUCUGAACUGUGCAGAUCCUACCUCUGAAAGGUGGUUUCAUGGACAUCUUUCUGGGAAAGAAGCAGAAAAAUUAUUAACUGAGAAGGGGAAACAUGGCAGCUUUCUUGUACGAGAGAGCCAGAGCCACCCUGGAGAUUUUGUUCUCUCUGUCCGCACUGGUGAUGACAAAGGAGAGAGUAAUGAUGGCAAGUCUAAAGUGACCCACGUCAUGAUUCGCUGCCAGGAACUGAAAUACGAUGUUGGUGGAGGAGAACGGUUUGAUUCUUUGACAGAUCUCGUGGAGCACUACAAGAAGAAUCCCAUGGUGGAAACUCUGGGCACGGUACUGCAGCUCAAGCAGCCCCUCAACACAACUCGUAUCAAUGCUGCUGAAAUAGAAAGUCGGGUUCGAGAACUAAGCAAAUUAGCUGAGACCACAGAUAAAGUCAAACAAGGCUUUUGGGAAGAAUUUGAGACACUACAGCAACAGGAGUGCAAACUUCUCUACAGCCGAAAAGAGGGUCAGAGGCAAGAAAAUAAAAACAAAAAUAGAUAUAAAAACAUCCUGCCUUUUGAUCACACCAGGGUUGUCCUUCACGAUGGUGAUCCCAAUGAACCUGUUUCAGAUUAUAUCAAUGCAAAUAUUAUAAUGCCUGAAUUUGAAACCAAGUGCAACAAUUCAAAGCCCAAAAAGAGUUACAUUGCCACACAAGGCUGCCUGCAAAACACAGUGAAUGAUUUCUGGCGGAUGGUAUUCCAGGAGAACUCACGAGUGAUUGUCAUGACAACAAAAGAAGUGGAGAGAGGAAAGAGUAAAUGUGUCAAAUACUGGCCUGACGAAUAUGCUUUAAAAGAAUAUGGUGUCAUGCGUGUUAGGAACGUCAAAGAAAGUGCCGCUCAUGACUAUACGUUAAGAGAACUUAAACUUUCAAAGGUCGGACAAGCUUUACUCCAGGGGAAUACAGAGAGAACGGUCUGGCAAUACCACUUUCGGACCUGGCCUGACCAUGGCGUGCCCAGCGACCCAGGGGGCGUGCUGGACUUCUUGGAGGAAGUGCACCACAAGCAGGAGAGCAUCGUGGACGCUGGGCCUGUGGUGGUUCACUGCAGUGCUGGAAUUGGCCGGACAGGAACAUUCAUUGUGAUUGAUAUCCUCAUUGACAUCAUCAGAGAAAAAGGUGUCGACUGUGACAUUGACGUGCCCAAAACCAUUCAGAUGGUGCGGUCUCAGAGGUCAGGGAUGGUCCAGACGGAAGCACAGUACCGGUUUAUCUAUAUGGCUGUCCAGCAUUACAUCGAAACACUACAGCGCAGGAUUGAAGAAGAGCAGAAAAGCAAGAGGAAAGGACAUGAAUAUACGAAUAUUAAGUAUUCCCUAGCAGACCAGACAAGCGGAGAUCAGAGUCCCCUCCCGCCUUGUACCCCAACACCAUCCUGUGCAGAAAUGAGAGAAGAUAAUGCUAGAGUCUAUGAAAAUGUGGGGCUGAUGCAGCAGCAGAAAAGUUUCAGAUAAGAAGACCUGCCAAAACUUCAGCACAGAAAUAGAUAUGGACUUUCACCCUCUCCCCAGAAAGAUCAAGAAAAGAUGCAAGAAAGUUUAUGUGAAGAAUGAAUUUCAAUUUGGAAGGUUUGAGUUGUGCUUGACUACCUUUUGAUAAGCAAAAUUUGAAACCAUUUAAAGACCACUGUAUACUAACGCAACAGUACCUGAUUUCCAGUUACUCAUUUUCUCAGACAACAAGAAAUCAUCUCUACAAUGUAGACAAUGUUAUAUUUUAUAGAAUUUUGUUUUAAAUUGAGGAAGCAGAUAAAUCGUCCUCUGUAUUUUGCCAAUGAUGGUGACUCAAAUUCUGGUUAUCAGCAUUUGUUUUUGUUUCUUUUUAUAACCUUAACAAAUUAAUUUUCUUUUCACUUUGUAGGGGAUGAUAGGAAACUUGUGAGAGGAGAAAUGAUUUGAGACAGUUAAGUAACAACAUAUGUAGAAGUGGGAACAAUUUCAUUUACCAUCACUUAUCCAGCAAUUGAUAAUUCAUUUUGAUGGCCUCUUUUUUUAGUUAAAUGAUAAUUAAGCCAGUGCCCCAGACUGUCAGAAGUUUUGACAUUGUAAAAAAUCAUGGGGAAAAAUAAUCAUGGGGAAAAACAAUCAUGGAAACCUAUGAAUUAGGAUAAGAGGUGUUUUUUCUUCUUAGCAGAUGACCAAUUACUACUUAGCCUUUUGACUGAGAAGGUUGUGCUGGGAAAACAUUUGUCAUAUUUUCUUUGCGUUGGAGUAAUUGUCUUGUAUUUAGAAAAAAGGCAUCUAUGGAUGACCAGUGCUUCAGUUAUCAAUUGUUGCUGGCAAUACCCCAAAACUUAGUGGCUUAAAACAUCUCUUUUUUUGCUCAUUCUUUUUCAGUCUGGGCUGGGCUCAGCUGAGCUGUUCUUCUGCUAGACUUGCUGGUGGUCACUCAUGGAGAUGGCAGGUGGACUGAGACACUGAGAUGGCUAGGCUUGUCUCUCUCUGCAUGUAGUCCUCAGGGUCUGUCCUUCUCCAUGUGGCCUCUCCAGCAAGGUAGCUGGACUCUUACAUGGCAGCUCAGAGCUCCCAAGAGUACAAAAGUAGAAGUGGCCAGGCCUUCUUAAGACGUAGGCCCAGAACUGUCACAAAAUCACUUUUACUGCACUCUACUGAUGAAAGCAAAUCAGAGGCCCAGUCUAGGUUGAAAAGGGCACUACACAAGGUCAUGAGUAUCGGGAGGCGUGGCUCAUUUGGGGCCACCGGUGGAACAGGCUGCCACUACCAGUGCCAUGGAAAAACUGUUGUUAGCAAAAGUAGAGGCUGCUAGUGAUGUCGGGAAGCUCAAGCUGCUUAAGCUGGUGUAAGCUGGAAGUCAGACUGAGGAAUAGAGGGCUUUUUAAGAAGCUUCCUAAACCAGUUCUGCCAGCUCUAACCAUAUUUUCUGAACCUUUACUUGGGAAAACCUGUCUCAUAAGGAUGGAUGUGUUAAGGGGACAGAACAUUUGAAAGUAGAACUACCCCAUUGCUGUGGCGUCUAUAGAGUGAGUAGAAUGCAAUGGUUUCUUAAUGCCACUGAUUUGCAGUAAACUGGAAUGAAAAGGAGCAAUCCUAACAAGGCCUCUAACCUUUAAUUAGCAGUAGCUCAUUUUUGUUUUAACCAAGCAGUAAUAUGUGCUAAUGUUCUACCUUAAGUGCCUUUCCCAAAGACAUCUCUCUUUGCCCUGUGUGUUGAGUCAUCAUUCGGUGAGUAUAUUUCAAUUAAAGUAUUAUUGGUUGUCUUUGUAAAGAUAAUAAAAUGCUAUGGCAACUUUGCCCUUAAGUUUUCUUGCUUUUAGUCCUGAAAGGAAGGACUAGGUCCAGCCCUGAUAGUAAGACCUUUUUGAACACCUUUGAAACCCUGAGAUAGUUUGGGCAGAGCCACACUGCCGUUUUCAUAGCCAAAAUGUACAGUGAUCUCUUCUUUCCUCUCCACCCUUACUCCACAAACAUCCAAUGAACUUAGAGUUGCUUUGGAACACAGGUGUGGCCUGAAGGUAACUACCUGCUUAGGGGAAUGUAAAUGACUACUGUCUUCUUUUCAAGCCUGCAAAGAAAGAGUUUCUAGUUCAGUAUUUGCAACAAAGAUCUUGUGAAAUCCUGUUCUUUUUAUUGCAUUGUCACAUUGAGUAGUUCUCCAUUUUGUCUUGAUUUUUGUGGUAAAGUUUGGACUCUAGACUUUGGGGGCAGUCUUUCACCAGCAUAGAAGGGUUUGAUUGUACAAAUAUUAUCUGCUGCAUUAAUCUCUCUGCCUGUAGCUUAAGAUGAGUUGUUUUUGCACUUGCAACUCAAAUGCCUGCUCUUAGCUAGAUUUUUAUAGGACAUUAAUUAAUUUAGAUGUCCCUCCACUAAGUAAGCAAACGAUCAUAUUGUUGUGUAAACUUAUGCCAAGACAGGAUUUCCGGUAGUCCCCAGUUUGCUAAAGCUUGUCCAGUAUGUUUGGUAAAAGGUGAUUGCAAGUCAGAUGUGGUGACUUUCCAUAGGCAGAGGAACUGUGAAGAUGGGGGUGGGGGUGGCUCCAGGGGACGAUUUAAAAAAAUCAUGGAAAGGAAAGCUCCAAGGAUGUGGUUUAUGAGGCAGUGAAAGGGCCAGGGUCAUAGUAGUCAGUAGUAGGUGAAACAGGAAACCUGGAAAAUAGGUGUUAGAGAUAUGCAAUUGCAGUUUGCAGCCAGGGAGUAUUUCUGGGUUGUUGGUAGACUCUGUAUUUGUACAGCUUCCUAGAGCUGGCUGAGUAUAUGGUGAAGAAACGAUCUGGCACAUGAUAUUGGGGUUAAAGAAAAAAAAAUAGCUAAAUUGCAGUGUAUUAAUGGGUUUUUUAAAGAAAAUAAAAAGACACCUCAUAUCCAAUGUGUGGCCCUCUUGAAAAUUAUGCUUAUCUCUCCCACUGAAAUCAGUGACUUCACAUAUGGCUAAUUGGGAAUGAGAAAAUAAAUGUGUGAAUAUCUCGGUGCCUCUGCCUUCUUACAGAGUCUGGUUGCUUUGGUACAGCCAAGAAAAUUGUUAAGAUUAUUCUUAGGGGUUAUCUUACUGGGAAUUUUAAGAAGUAAUGUAACAUCUGGGUUAUUUCUAGUUCAGGGGAAUGUGGAAAGGGAUGCAGUUGUGAAGUGUUUUGUUGUAGAUUAUUAAUCCAUAAAGGAAACUUAGACUGUAGAAUUAGUACAAACCUGAUGCGGUUUUUGUUUUCUGUAUGUUGUCGGGGGAAUAAAGUUUUAUAUAGCAAGCACAUGGCUUCCCUGAUUUCAAGAUACCUUUAUUAGGAUCUGUAAUCCCUUUAUUAAUUUUGUUGAAAUCUUUUUCCCUCUUCCUCUUGAACAAUAAGUUCCAAAAUGUAGUUUAUUAUAUCUUCCAUCACUAAAAAGUUUGUUCUUUUUUCACCAUGGGCAGUUCACAUAAGGCAUAAAUAUUAAACAGUUGGUUUUAGUAUGUCAUAUAACUUUGCUAUAUAUCAAAACUAAUUCUUACAAGUUUUCCUUUUGAACCUCAAAACAUGUAAUUAAUAAUUUGCCUGUUUAUUUAUGACCUAAUUGUGAUUCUUUUAUUAAUAAAAGCUAAUGAAAAAGGAUCCUUUAUCAAGCUGAUGAGUAGACCUACCUUUACUUUUCCUGCAGUAUAUGAAGAAGUAUUGUACCAGAGUAUUAAAAGAUAUGUAAUAUUUUAUUGAUAAAUCUAUCCUUUAAAAGGAAUACGUUUUAGGAUGUCAUCAUUUUGAUGUGAAUCAUGUAAAUGUUGAUAAUAUGCAGUUUAUUAUACAUUUAGUGUUUCAAGAGAUUCACUUAAUUGCCUUUUGCCCACAUAUAUUAUGUAGUCUAUUUACAGUUGUUUUUUUUUAAAAAAAGACAUUUAAAGAAUAGUUUAUGUCAAGAAACGUUAGUGGAUGUUGAUUGUCUCCCCACCUGUAUUUAUGGGUGUUAGUUCAACUGCUUUGCUAGUUGCAGAGCUGUGUUAUCUGAAUAAAAGUGUAUUUGUAAACUGUAUGGGAACUAAAAGUUAGGAAUAAAACCAUUUUCUUAUAUUA